CCAGCAUCAGUGGUCGCUGCGCCCUCGAAGCGAGAGGACAGCUUAGUAAUCUCUCGUCGCCCUCCCACUUGACUGUGACUGUGGAGCAAAAGUCGAGGCGCCUACGUGAGCUAACCAUUUUAAUGCGUCCUUGAGCACUCGAGCAAUAAAAGCACGCGCUCCGAGGCACUAGGUCAUCAAGUGAUGCUGCAGCUCAGGAAGCGCGUGAACCGUCUGCUUGCCCAGUCAACGAUAAACGGAACAUCAACAAUGCAUCAGAGACGUCACUGUCAGAACAAGUAAAUCUGAUAUCUGCACACCAACAGGAGAAGAGGAAAAAAGCCACCAGUGUCCAAGUCAACACUGCUCAGAGGCCUCAAGUUUCGCGCCAGAUGUCAUCGGGAUUUAAUCAGGACCGGAGAAAAGCACAGUCGUGGCAAUCGCCUUCCAUUACAUCGCACCAACGCGGAGGCAUGACAAACAGCUCCCUUGACUGGACAGCAAUGAUUCAUGAUGUUCAGAGAUAGAUAACAAUACAAGGGUGUAAGCAAGUGUGUUGAUGUUGAUCCACCUACCUCUAGUGACUUUCCGUGAGAAGACGGAUAGCGUGAAGUGUACAGUUUAUGGGGGCGACCUGUCACGCCACGCCCCCUCGCCCCGCAGCCUCGCUUUAGAAAACAGGGCUUGCCACAACCUUGUUUCUCCUUGGGUUUCGGCGUGCCAAACCCGACGACUCGCUAAGUUCUGCGUGGCGCAGUGGAUGACAGGCAUGAGACAAUAAUAGUGUCGGGUGUCAAAAGUGUUACGUGAAAAAAAAGUACGAUGUAAAAAGCUUCAAAUACGCAAUUAUCAAAAAAAUCUCUCGUGUUACUGGAAACGAGUGGUAGUCUAAUACACAAAUUACUAAAGAUAAAUCUUGCACAACGAUGUAACUUUUAUCCGAACGACAAACGCGGAAUGCUAAUUUGUGGCAUGUUUUAGAAGGCUUACUGAAAGGCUCCAACUUUCUUAUCAAGUGUGUUCGGGACAGGGACCAGCCCUUGGCGAGAGGAAACUUGACGAUAGUAAAAUUUACCAUGUAUACUUGGUCAGAGCACUUCUUCAGUUAACUAAUUAACUAAUAAAAAAAAAAAAAAUACGGUGUAAUGUCAUUGAACAUUAAAACAAAAGUUGUAACAAAUUAGUGCCGUCGAGAAGUUGUAAGCCUCAGCACCAUGAGAGGCAGCGAGUGUUCCACCACCGAGCAAACUGUGUAGUCAUUUUCUAAGUGACGGUGAAAAGUGAUUCCUGGAAUAAUUAUUGCUCCUGUGGUCCCAGGUUGCUACGACAGUGCCAGAGGGGGUGGGAGGACUGCAGAAAUCCGCCUCGUGGUGAAUAUAACGCCCCGGUAAAGCGUCAGUUUGGCUCAUCCUAAUGAGCAAGACUACUCGUGUUCACUACGGCUUCCAAGUGGUAUCUUACGACUGAGACAGGAAGGUGAAUCGCUUUCCAGGACCUGGUGAACUAAACGGGUAUUGAGAAAGUGAUCUCAGGAGCCGUGGCGGUACGUGGUAAAGAAUUCGUACAUUCACGUGCAAUGUGAUCGAGAGCAUGGAGUCAAGGAAGAUGGACCAAGCUGAUGAGGUGUCAUCGUGCACUGAUAACAACAAUAAUGACAACACCCGCGGCGAGCAGCGGCGACCCACUCGAGUAGCGGAAAAGUAUGGGCUACGACCUCGGACUAUUAUCAGACGGCUGCAGCUGGAAAGAACCCGAGAUGACACGCCUCAGAGGCAGUUCAAAACAUCGAAAAAUCGGCCUCCACCUCUCUCUAAGUACAGGAGAAAAACAGCCAACGCCCGUGAGAGACACCGCAUGAAGGAAAUCAACGACGCCUUUGAAACCCUUCGCCGGGUGCUGCCAGACUUCUGUAGUCGGCGUGCGGCGGCAGCCAUGACCAAGAUCACUACUCUGAAGCUAGCCGUCAGUUACAUAAGAGCGCUUUCUCACAUCCUCGAGGACGGCCACCCAGGGGACAUUACGUUUUUCAACGGCUUGAACUUGGCAGAUAUCUCGAUGAGCAGGCCUCUGUCCCAGCCGCCUCCCCACGCCCACUCUGUCCACUACUGCCACGGCAGCCUCAGGGCUCCGGGGGUGACUGAGUUUCCCUCACCCGAAAUAUCGACCGCUGCGUCCCACACGCUGCCACGCACCUCCCUGGGCAGCAGCAGCAGCAGCGAUCUCAGUGAACUGCUCUCUGAUGACUCCUGUGUCUUCGAGGACAACCUUGAUGCCUUUGAUGACAUUCCCGCCCUGCCCGAGGUUGACCCCUUCGCUCUCCUACUAACGCCAGACACAGAGCCCUUGGCGCUGACUUCCUAGCGACAGAGUCUGUCUUCUCAGUUCCAAGUUACUUUAGUAACUUCCUGUUAACAAUAUGUAUUAAUGUUUUCAUACAUAUAUAUCAAGGUAGUGUGACGAAGUACUCGUAAAGACAGUGCCAUACCUUACAUAUGAAUGAAGAGGCCAGUGGUGGCACUUGAGUAGCACAUGAAGUAGCCUUUUUCAAAAUGCUCACUGCUUUACACUUAAUUUUUUUUUUCAAACUCAACGAUAGAACUAAAAAUUUCUCAUCUAUUAUGUCGUCUGGUCUAUCGACACUUCCCUCCCAAACACUUAACCUGGGUCUCCGCUGUGUCUUCUAAGUGCCAAGAUGGCAGAGGUCGCAUGCCUAACUCAAAAGAUCGAUGUAGCAGCUCUGAGAAGAUAAUUUUUUUUCCUUUGAAUCCUUCACGUUCCAUUUUCCACGCCCUGUCUUUUUGAGGCGAUUUCUAGUCUAGGAAAAAAGAAAUGUUUGUUACAAUAAUGUCAUGUUUUGUCAACAUGGAGCAGACUCACAAGACUGUGAAGUAAAGGAAAAGUCUAUUCUUAAGAGUGGUGUUUAGAGAAUGACUGUGGUUGGUCAAGGCGUCACAAUCAAACACUUCAAGAAGCUUCUCAAGUCAAAAGAAGAAAACAACACAAUUUGUAAUUGUCAAGAAACACACACAGCCGUCAGGUGUAUAAAAGUGAGCGAAAAACUGAGCAAACCAUCUGGUGUGAGUACAUGAACCAAAUGAUUUAACAACAGUCUGGGUGAGGAUGGCCAGGCGGCUUCUAUGCAUCAGUGUGUGCGUCACGUUAUGUUCCCGUGAAAGGACAUGGUUGUGCCAUAAGUACAAAAUAGACACCCGCAGGAAGUUUUGUGCCUCGAAGUGUUGUAGCGAUUAGGAUUCUGCCGCCCUGCCUCGCCAGGCCUCCCUCCAUCCUCGUCUGUCUCACUCCCUCGCCGCAGUACUCAUCCCCCGCUCUCUAUUGGUGGGGGGAAGGGACACCUGAAGUGGGUCACUAGGUGAGGUGGGGAAGAGGGGCAAGUUGGUGCUCGUGCUAGUGGCGAAACGACAAAAUUUGCAUUUCUUUAUUAUAUAUAUAUAUAUAUAUAUAUAUAUAUAUAUAUAUAUAUAUAUAUAUAUAUAUAUAUAUAUAUAUAUAUAUAUAUAUAUAUAUAUAUAUAAUAUAAUUACACAACUGUAGAGUCAAUGUAAACACACACACACACACACACACACACACACAGAAAAAUAUAAAUGAAGAGCAAUAUUUCUAUUUCUAUACAGUUUCCUCACUUCAGCACGCUGUCACAAGGUUCGUCAUGUGAUGAAUGUAAUCACAUCGUGUGGUGGACACAUCCUUCACGAGCCACUGAGCACCACCCAGGAGGCAUGUGCCUACCCUGUCCCACUCCCGGAGCGUGUCAGGUCCAGGAGGGGUUUUCAAGAGCACGGUUCAGGGGCGGGACGAGCUACUGAUGAGCAUAUAGUGAAUCACUCACGUUAUCUAUUGUUAUUCUUAUGAUCAUAGUUAUUUUUUAUAAUAAAAGCGGGUAAGACACUUA